AUGGGAAUGGCGCGGGAGGAAACUCGACUUUCGGCCACAGAGAUUGGAAGAGGCGAGGCUACAGCUGGCCGCCGGAUACUCGAUAUUACACCACCACUGUCACACGAACGACCAAUCGGAUCACUUGUGGGUGCCAGAGCGGAAAAGACCCCGGUCGAAAGCCCGACAGUACCCACGGCAGCAUGCGGCGUUGGAGACCGGAUACAAGUCCCGGGACAAGUGCCCAUUAGAGCCUUUGAUUCCGGGGACAAUGAAAACAAUGGUGGACAAUCGCACCGAAUGUCCUUGAAACAGGUAGAAAUGCAAGGCGGGCGGGUUAUGUUCGGGACCGGUUGGGAUAUUUCUUCGAAUGCCACCGUUCGGUCUGAUAUCCAGUGCUUGGGUGCACCUGGUUGGGUCGUGCCACAGGCGAAAUUCCUAGCUCUAUGCAAAGAGGUGGCAAUCUCGUCCCAGUAUGAGUUCACAUCUGAUGGUGGAGCAUUUGGAAGAGACUCUAGAAGACGAUUCUUCUGCAACAUCUACCUGCACCAAAAGAAUCAGUCACCCAAAAAUCAAUCUUCGAGCAUCGACAUAGUCCAUUGUGCUGCUUUCAGUGUUCCCGCUCUGAAGCAAGUAGGACAACAAGCUGCUUCUGCUCUCAUACCGGACUCGCUUCACAUUGAUGUAUGCUGUGUAUCGGAGGCGAAAAAUCAAGAUGCGAGGAACGUGGUUGACCCAACUGUUCUGCAGCUUUUUACUCGCUUCCAGUUGCCCAAGUGUGACGAUCCAGAGACUGCUGCGGCAGUAUUGCCGCCACCAUCCAUUCCUUGUUUAUUGGGUUAUUGCGUUCUGUUGGCCGUUUAUCUGCGGGCGGUAUGGUGCCGUCGUCGGCUACGUGGUCUCCAGCUUCUGCAAGCAACUCUCAACUCUUCGCUCUCAAAGAAAGGCCCUUGGUACACCAGGAUCACUUCGCCCUCGUUGUUGGCCCCUAAGCUGUGCACUACAGCUCCACUGAUUACCUUCGCUCAUCGACUUGACACAGCUGCCGCCUGUAUCCACUCCAGCAGGCCUGCCAUGGAUUCCGCGCUCUUGAGAAAACCCGCUCUCAAACUUGUCUGUUUCAUGUCUGUGCUUAUAAGGAAAUCAUGCCGGACCGAAUUUUACCCAGGCGCACCGAUUGCAUUGAAAGUUCGUCAUUUUUCAAUCGGAAUCGACCCAGUGUCUUCUCGACCAGCGCAAACGGUCUCCAUUCAGCUUCCACCCCUCUUCCUCAGUGACACUCUGGACCCUCAACAACUAUACAGAGCUCCUUUUUCCCGUCUGCCUAGAUAA